GGGUGGGUGCAGGGCCGCGCUCGCUCUGCCGGUGCCCCGGGGGAGGCCCUGGGGCUCGGGAAGGCGGCAGCGGCGGGCUCUACCGACAGGCCCCGGUCGCGCUCACCGUCCCGGCGGGCACAGCCGUGGCCAGGCCCCGCCGCGCUGAGCGCAGCCGGGGCUCGGGGCUGGCUGGGCUCGCUGCGGGCCCGGCCGUCAGCGCGGGAGGUAGCGCGGCUCCUCCUAACCCUGCAGCCCCUGCCUGGGGCGCCUGUAAGGCGAGACUGAGCCGGGCUCUGCGCAUGGGCUGAGCUUCGCCCUGGCCGCGCCAGAAGCGCCGCCAAACCAGCGCCAGGUUGUCCGCGUCCAGCCUCGCAUCGCUUCAGCCAAACGGGGGUCACGUCGCCCCCGAGUUGACGCUUGUUCAUAGUCACCCAGCCUGGCCCGGGCAGCGGGGUCCUGUGUUCUCGGUUGUCCGAGUCCUGGAGAAAGAAAUCAAAUUGCGCAGGUUCCUUAUUUUUGUAUAAAGAUUGAGAGAAGUCAACCUGCUGAGAUUAUGGCACUGAAACAGAUUUCCAGCAACAAAUGCUUUGAGGGUUUCCAGAAGGUGUUUGAACAUGACAGAUCAGGGAUCGGCAACCUUUGGCACGCGGUCUGCCAGGGUCCCAGGCCGGUUUGUUUACCUGUCACCGUUCCAGGCCAAUGGGGGCAGCGAGAAGCAGCGGCCAGAACAUCCCUCGGCCCGCGCAGUAUAGAGUUAAAAUGCAAAAUGAGGUUUGGAAUCUAUUUGCCACCAAAAGCAGAAAUUGGAAAGUGUCCUGUGCUGUACUGGCUCUCAGGAUUAACUUGUACAGAACAGAACUUUAUUACCAAAUCUGGUUUUCAUCAGGCUGCAGCUGAACAUGGCCUCAUUGUAGUUGCACCAGAUACCAGUCCACGUGGCUGCAAUAUUGAAGGAGAAGAUGAGAGCUGGGAUUUCGGCACAGGUGCUGGUUUUUAUGUAGACGCCACUGAGGAACCAUGGAAAACCAACUAUAGAAUGUACUCGUACAUAAAGGAUGAGCUGCCUAAAUUAAUAAAAGCCAAUUUCCCAGCUGACUCAGACAGGAUGUCUGUUUUUGGGCACUCAAUGGGUGGCCAUGGAGCUCUUAUCCUUGCUUUGAAGAAUCCUGGAAAAUACAAAUCUGUAUCAGCAUUUGCUCCUAUCUGCAACCCAGUCCAGUGUCCCUGGGGGAAGAAAGCUUUUGGUGGAUAUCUGGGAUCAGAUCUAACUAAAUGGGAGGCAUAUGAUGCUACCUAUCUUGUGAAGUCUUAUCCAGAUUCUCAUCUUGACAUCUUAAUUGAUCAAGGCAAAGAUGACCAGUUCCUUUCAGCAGGACAGUUACUGCCCGACAACUUUAUUGCUGCCUGCACAGAGCGGAAAAUCCCUGUAGUCUUUAGAUUGCAACAGGGCUACGAUCACAGCUACUUCUUCAUUGCGACGUUUGUUAAUGAUCACAUCAGACAUCAUGCAAAAUACCUCAAUGCUUGAAGCGUAGGAGUCUCUUUUGUCCAGUACAAGUCAAUAUGUACACAAACGUUAACACAAAUCACUUGCUGAAUUAGUGCCUAUAAAAUGGAGUCAUGCUGAUAGUAGUGCUAAAAAUCCUUAAUUCUCUUUGUGUACUUCAGAAUAAAUAUUUUGAAUGUG